GUAGAAAUUGUCAAAAACUCAGCUCCGCAUGGUAACCUUCUUGAGCAGAGCCCGAAAUUAGGCAUUUUAAAUUUUCAUACAAGCAGAGAGACUCGGUUCAAGAAGUGUUAGGACGAGCAAAAAAUGAAACGUCUCUUCCCCUGUCUCGCGUCCAAAUUUGCCCAGAGCGACAGAGAUAGCAAAGGUCGAAAAGCAAAUGAUACCACUGCGCCUAGCUCGUCCGCCGCAUCCAAAUUUGUCCAGAGCGACAAGGAUAGCAAAGGUCGAAAAGCAGAUGAUACCGCUGCAGCUAGCUCGUCUGCCGCUCCGAAAGGAAGUAACAAUUACGAUGUGUUCUUGGGUUUCAGAGGUACAGAUACUCGCAACACCUUCGUGGAUCACCUCUACAACAACCUCAUCGAUGCUGGAAUCUAUGUGUUCAAAGACGACGAUGAGCUUUGUGAAGGUGAGGAGAUCAGCACCAACCUUCUCGAGGCCAUUAAGAAUAGUAAGAUCUCCAUCCCAGUUCUCUCUCAAAACUACGCUUCGAGCAAUGCGUGCCUUCAAGAGCUCGUUCAAAUGAUUGAGUGCACGAAGAACACCGGGCAAGUUGUCUUGCCCAUAUUUUACCGGGUUGAACCGGCCAAUGUACGACACCAAAAAGGGAGCUUUCGAGAGGCUUUCUCCCAUUUAAGGGGGAAGUAUUCUGAGGAAGACGUUGCCAAAUGGAAAGAAGGGCUCCAAGAAGUGGCUUCCUUGAAGGGAUGGGAAUCGGAGAAAAUUGCUAACGGCCGCGAAGGAGAAUUGGUGAGAAUGGUUGUCAGAACAGUUUUGAGCAAGUUAAAAGAGGCCUUUCAACUGGUUGUUACCGAACAACUUGUCGGAAUUGAUGAUACUGUGGCAAAUAUUCUAAGAUUGCUGGAUGAUAACCACCAUUCUACCCAAAUUGUCGGCAUCCAUGGAAUGGGGGGUAUUGGUAAGACAACUUUAGCCAAGGUCAUUUACAAUAAGCUCUCCGACAAUUUUCAGCAUCGUAGUUUCAUUGCAGAUAUUCGAGAAUCCUCGCAGCACAAGGGCAUUUCAUGUUUGCAAGAGCAAUUAAUAAGGGAUAUACUAGGAAGAGAGGAUAGAGUGUCGAACAAGGAUGAAGGAAUUAGGAUCAUGGAAUCUAGAUUUAAACAUAAGAAAGUCCUAAUUCUUUUAGAUGAUGUGGAUAACCAUGAUCAACUAAAAGCUUUAAUUGGGAAAAAUGACUGGUUUGAGAGGGGAAGUAGAAUGAUCAUUACCACAAGAAGAAAGUCUAUUCUCGAUGAUGCUAAUGUGAACUGCCACGAACUCAAUGGAAUGGCUAAGGAUCAAUCUUUGAUCUUGUUUAGUAGACAUGCUUUUAGGAGGGACUCUCCUCCACAUGAAUUCGAAUCUUUGUCUCGUGAUAUCGUAUCCACUACCGGAGGGCUUCCCUUAUCUCUAGAGGUUAUAGGUUCGUUUUUGUGUGGGAAAAACGAAUCGUUAUGGCGAGACACAUUGAAAAAGUUAAAUAAAGUACCACAUAAAGAAGUGCGUGAGAAGCUGAAGAUAAGUUAUGAUGCACUGGACUAUGAGGAACAACAUAUAUUUUUGGAUAUUGCUUGUUUCUUUAUUGGAACCGAUUUAAGAAUUGCAUCCUACAUGUGGGAUGCCUAUGGUUUUUCUCCAAAAAUGGGGAUUGAAAUAUUGAGGCUUAUGUCGCUAAUAAAAAUUGGAGAUAAUCGUGAGUUGAAAAUGCAUGACCAAUUGAGAGACCUUGGUAGGGAAAUUAUUCGUCAAGAAGAUUAUAAUGUGCCUAUGAAUCGAAGUAGGGUGUGGUUCAAUGAGGAAGCCUUGGAAGUACUUCAGAGAAAUAAGGGAAUUGAAAAACUUCACAUUCAGGCCCUUCGUCUCGACGGAGUAAGCUUACUCGAUGAAUUCACAACUGAACAAUUGGAGACACUACCGAACUUAAGGUUCCUUCAAGUGCCUUUAUUUUCUAUACUAAAUGGAGAUUCCAAAAGCUUGCUUCCUAAGUUGCGAUGGCUUAAGUGCCGCAAGUGGAAUGCAUCUUGGGCUUCUAGUUUUAGUCUAGAGAAAUUAGUCAUACUUGAUUUAUCAUGGAAUUUAGAGCUUUCAGAAGGUUGGAGUCAUCUCAAGGCAGCAAAGGAGUUGAAAGUUCUAAAUCUCCGACAUUCUAAUUGCUUAAAGGUUAGUCCUGAUCUCUCAGCCUUCCAAAAUUUAGAGAUAUUAGUCCUUGAAGGAUGUAUUGAUCUGGAGCAAAUUCACCAUUCUAUUGGGGAAGUCAAGGGCCUUGUUUCUUUGGACUUAUCGAAAUGUUUUAAUCUCCAAGUGCUGCCUAGAGAAAUGGGCAAAUUGGAAAAACUUGAGGAACUAAACAUAAGCAAGACUGCUAUCGAGGAAAUUCCUCCAUGGAUAGGCUCUUUGAAGAGCCUCAUUUCUUUGGACAUUUCGGGAUGUAAGAAACUCCAAGUGCUACCCAAAGAAAUAGGCAAAUUGGAAGAACUGAAGGAACUAAACAUAGACAAUACUGCUACGGAGGAAAUUCCUCCUAGUAUAGGUUCUUUGAAGAAGUUAGAGAUACUUCACGCCCGUGGUUGCAAAUCAUUAGUUCGACUUCCAGAGAGCAUUGGAUCCCUUGUGAAAUUGCAACGCCUAUCAUUAAGCGAGAAGGAGGAUACACCUCCUUGGGUUACCUUAAUUGACAUUUCGAGAAAUCACUUGCCUUAUUCAAUUAGGAAAUUGAAUCGGAUGACUCUAAAGGAAUUGCCAUGUAGGGGCAUUCGAGAAUUACCUGAAUCCAUUGGAGAUUUGAAAAACUUGAAAAUUUUGGAUAUUACAGGUAAAUUGAAUAAUUUACCAAGUACAUUAGGAAAGUUGGGCAACCUUGAAGAAUUGCAUGCCUCGCAUUGCAGGAGUCUAGGAGGGGAAAUUCCUAUAAAUGGGUUGUCUUCAUUGAAGAUUCUUGUAUUAAGUGGGACGAACGUUUCUGGCUUCCCUGACACAUUCGAUAAGCUUUCUCGCCUUGAAAAACUAGACUUAUGCGGAUGCAAGAUGCUUCAAUCUCUGCCGAAAAGCAUGAAUAAGAUGCCUUAUCUGCAACACCUUCAGUUGAUUGGUUGUUACGAACUUCAGUCAUUACCAGAGCUUCCCACCUGUUUAACAAUUCUAGAAGUCACUUGUCAGCAUCACGCAUUGCCUCAACUUUCUCACCUAAUCCAUCUAAAAGAGCUUACUGUUUACGAUUGCAAAUUGUUAGAAUCCAUGCCUGAGCUUCCCUCAACAAUAUCGAAGCUUUUGGUCCUCGGCUGUAAUAAGUUGAAAGAGUUGCCAAAUUUGUCUAGUUCCAAAUUGCUGUCACAGUUAAAUAUCAAAAACUGCCAAGAGCUGACAAAAAUCAACGGUCUGGAAGCAUUAAAAUUCUUAGUACAUCUGAGUGUUCUUGGAAGCAAGAACCUAUCCAAAUUCGACGGCCUUGAACAUGCAGAGUCCUUGAGAUACUUGAAUAUGAGUUCUUCCUUAGUGAAUGAUGAUCUAGUUCGAGGCCUUGGCAGAUUGAAAAACUUGGAUGAGCUGGAUGUAAGUGGUUGUCAAUACCUUAUAAGACCAGAUCUUUCGCAAUUGACACAUCUAAAGCGAUUAGAAGCUUAUCAUUGCUACAAUAUAGUCGAAAUUAAAGGCCUUGAGAGAUUGAAAACAUUGGAAUUCCUGAUUAUCCAGAGCUGCACAUCCAUUGAAACAUUACCAGACCUCUCGUGCUUUAAUAACCUGACCUAUUUGGAGAUUUUGGGAUGUUCGAAGCUUCGUGAUGUUCAGGGCCUAGAGAAAGUCGGCUAUGUGUUAAAAUGAGGGAUUCAACUGCAAGGCCUCAGCAAACCGUCCACAACUAUCGAAUUUCGAAAAUCCAACGGAACGAUGGGGUUGAAUUUCGCAUGAACUUGUGGAGGUCACAGAGCUCCAGGACUCCAAGGCGUCUAGACUCUAAAAGACGUUCAGCGAUGCAACUUAGUGGAAUCUCGUAUGUUCAUUGCACCGCUGCGGCAGAGAAGCAAUUGAUUGAUGAAAAUAAUGCUUCGACAAGUCAAGCACUUCGGCUACGAUGUUGGAACGAUUCGCGUUUUCGAAAUGUAUUGCCAAUUUCAUCAGCAUUUCAUAAAUUUGCCUGUGAUGGAUUCCAUUUUGGAGAGUGCAGAUUAAUGGAAAUCGCCCAAAGAUGUGGUUUUCAGUGAAGUAGACUCACUGCUGUCAAGGAAGAUAAAGCGAAAACAACAAAACUAGGUAUGAGUAAUAUCAUCUGAAGUGCAAUUGGGAUCGCUCUCCUUUGAUACUUCAAUCGUGAGUCUAUUUUUCUUUUCCUAGAAGUGGGGGACCACCAAUUUUUAGAGGGAAAUGAAGGAUACUGACUUCCACUCAGUGAUUGAAAGGAUGUGUUGAUGUAGAAUUAGCAAUAGCAACUAAGUAGCAAAGCUUAGGAAAGUACAGCCAACUCUAAAUGAUUCGAAGGAUGAGUUACUUCUCAUAAAAUCUUCUAGAAGCACAAUUUAAAGGAUUAGUUUUCCUUAUCUGAAGGAAGUACUGUGGAAAGACUGGUAAGGAAUGUAUUGUAGGACAAUUAUUAUCUUUGAUGAGACAAGUCCUUUUGUGAGGUUUCUAUCAAAAGAAAAGGGUUGAUGUUCAUGAAGGUCAAUUUUCUUAAUCCCAAUGUCUUGUAAGCUUGCGACAUUUCUUUUAGGGAACCCUGUAUUUGAUCUCACAGCCAUCAAAUCAGGCAACUGAAAGAGAGGUACUUCAACAUACUAUACAUUUAUCCUUGUCCCUAGUUUGAAAGCUGCAUCAUGGAUCUGCAGAGUUUUGAUUAAUAUCUGUGCUAUAUUCUUGCCUUAUUUUGCUUUAGCAUUCUACAAGGUAAAUGGUGGGGAAUACCUACCGGGUUGAAUAAUAUUCCUUACUCUAGAGAAAUCAGGACAUAUUUCGAUGACGAUGUGCUUCAAGCUACGCGGAGAGCCAUAUAUGAUAGAAAAACAAGACUGAAUGUAGGAUAUCCGUCUUUGAUACUGUUUUCAUUGGUCUGAAUUAAUUGAAGAAAGAAACUAACGAGAGAUUUAGAUAUCCCAAGUCUAUAUUUGUUUUUAUAGUUCCACAAUCAUGACUUCCAAAUACUUAAAAUCAAGCUGAUCCUCUUUUUACUGAUAAAGAAAGAAUCCAAAGCUGGAAAUUUGAGGGGAGCUUCCUACUCGAACAGAUUUACCCUGUUUCAUCUUAUUACAGUUUUCCUCAUCAACAUAUGCAUGUUACUCCCAAAGCCAAACUUAUGCUGCUCUUCUUGUGAACAUUUCAGGUAGAAAUCAAUAUCCCAGAGCUAAACCCAGAAAUGGAUGAUUAUAGAAUAGGUACUCUGAUGGAACUUGUCAGAGUUAUUGCUCUUUCAUUGAUGGAAAACGUGUUAAGGUUUGUGUUCAAGCGUCCAUGGGAGAAGGAGCUCUUAAUGGAAUGCCACUGCAGCUUGCUGGUAGUCGCAAGAUAUUGGAGUUCAUAGAUUGGGGAGAUCAGGGUGCAUUAGGAACCUUUGUCAAGAUUGGAUCUAUAGGUUGACGAGCAAGAUGACAUUUUUAUCUUAGUGACUCCUCAAAAUGCUGUCGGUAACUGUAUCAUCAAUGAUCUCAGGGGCAUGACUGAAUCUGCUGGUAUGCGUCCAGUCAUCCUCAUCAAUCUUAGGCUUAAGACCUGCAUCCAGUGUUUUAGCAGAGUCUGCAACAAAUGUUUUGCCUCUUUCUCAUGAGCAUGGCUCUUUUUCUCCAGGAUUUACCUAGUUCCAGUAGUAUCAUGCAAACUGUGGGACGAAACAAGAGACUGGAGUAUGCUGCAUCAUUUGAGAAUUGCUAUUUCUUCCGGCUUCUCUAUUAUGGAGGAACUCAAUACCCAAUUAUGGAUGCUCUCAGGAUGUCCUACCCCUACCCUUCGAAUUGUACAAAUGAGUCGAUCAGCCAUCUGGGAAGGAGGAGCAUAUCUUGCUUUCAACAUUCAAUGGAAGACCAAGUAGUGAUGAAGUCAACGAUGCCUUCCUUGGGAAACCGAGAAAUCAAGUCAAGAACACAUCCGGAAUAUGGAAAGA